AUGACCGACAAUGCGAAUGCCCUCUAUCAAGAGGUCGGUCUCCCACUCGUUACUCCAGGCGAACAUGGAGACUUCACUCAAUCUCUAGAGUCCCUGGCCGCACCUGAAAUCAUACAUGAAAGUAUCAUGGCGAAAGCCGUCAAUCUCUCGGAAGAGACCUUAAUGAACACCGUCCACUAUAUCAACCUCAAUCCAACAUCUUCCGCCGGACUGCAAACCCAGCUUGACGCAGUCGCAAACAACAUCAAACUCAGUAACAAUUUCUUCAUCGCCAAGGCCAACUCUGCGCUAGAUGCGAGAGUUGACGCAAAGCAACUCAGCCAUGAUGAGGUUAAAAUGGCCAAUUAUAGAGUCAAAGUCAUGAAUCACCUCGCCAUCAACACACCAUGGUUCUCCACGAACUCUAUGCAAACACAAAGAAAGAUAUUCACCAUGAAGAAAGAAGACUUCCAUCUGGAGCUUAUCAAAACUUUCACUGAGGGGAUGAAUUUGCCACUUAGCAGCAUUGCAGCAAAACUAGAGAACUUCUUGACAAACGUCAACAACAUCAUCAACAGUCAGACUAAGUCUAGCGACGAGAGCUUGAUGUUUUUCAUUUCCAUCACCUCCUACCAACUAGACGAUGUUGAAAGAUGGCAACCAUAUACCAGAACAAUCUAUUUCAAAGUGGACCAAUCAUUGAGCAAAUAUAUCAAGGAAAAGAAGAACACGAGCUCUGAUACAAAACUCAACGUUGAGUUUGAGUAUCUGCAGACAGAUAGCCUAUUCAACAACGAACUUUUUGAAAGUAAUGCUAAAAAAGCGAUUCAACAUUUCUCAGAGGCAGGCAUGGGUGAUCUUGUCAGCGGAUGUACAACUUAUGAUAUCCCAGUCGAUAUAUGA